CGGACCCGCCUCUCGCCUUCCUCCUGCAGCAGCCACACACACUGUGGGUCCCCGGUCAGUCAGUCCGUCAGUCAGUCACCAUCCACCUCAACCCACACAGAACCUCACCUGUUAAACCACCAGGACCUGCAGAGAGAGGAGCCUAAAACUGCCCUAAUGGACAGGAAUAAGAGUACAACUCAACCCAUUGGCCAGGGUGGAGCAGAGACAUUGAAGUGUGGGGGCAAUUUUAAAAUUCCAAAGAAGAAGAGGAUCUCUGAGAUGGAUAAUGUAGACAUGCACUCUCCGUUGUCCCGACUUUCUGACUCAAGAGUUGAAAGUUUAAAAACAUCACAUAAACGUUGGCCAUUUUCUUAUAAUAGUUUCAAUAAAACGAGUAACCAGGAUUUGAUUGUUUAUAAUCAAAGGAAGAACUCCCCUUCAAAACGUAGCUUUUCAGGAGAUGGAGUACACCUGAAGGAAGCCAGAAUUGUACUCAAAGAUGUGCUGAUGACAGAUUCAGGAAGACGACACUUGCUGCAGCUAAAAAACAGAGGCUGUAGCAAUGUUGAAAAUACUGACACUUCACACCCAAAGCAUCACACGCCUACAACAAGUGAACUAACAGAUAAUUGCCACGUGGAAACCAAAACAUCUCACCAAGCCAGUCAAUCCAACAUUUUAUUCAGCAGUGGAGUGAAGCCUGAGAGGAGAUCAGAGCACAGUAUCCAGAAACAGAAUGAAAAUUCAACCAAGCCAAAGGAAAACCAUAUAUCACCUUUUAGAAAUUCUGAGCGUGCAACUGAAGAUGCUUGUAGAACAGGACAAAUAAUAGGUGGAAACAAAUCAUGUGAACAGAAAACAACUAAUGAAAGCCAUUAUGUGACAGAUCUCCAAACAGAUCCAUCAACCGAUUCACCUCUUUCAAGCCCUAGGAACAAAAGGUUGCGGAAAGCGAUUCAGGAUCACUGCAGCCAAAGCGAUGCUGACAGUGCUUCACCUUCAAAGAAAAAUGGCGAGGAUUCAUUAAAGAAACAGAUUUUUUGUCCAAGCUGCAAAAAGCAAACUGAAAACUGUUGUUGCUUUAGCUUGUUUAAUAAUAAUGGUGAAGAAAAGGAGCUUUCUACGGAGGGAUCCAAACCUGAGUCUUGUGUACAGCAUGAACAAUCUUUGUCACACUCGAGUACUAAACAACAAAGUCCGAAUAGCAGGAAUCAAGAGCUACCCAAUCAAAGCCCAUCAAAAAUGACAACGCCUGAUAGGAAGAUUAAUGGGAAGGAAUAUCCGCACAUUUCUUUAUCAAAUGAACUUAAAACUGAAUCCAGUUUGCGCAGCCAAGCUAGCACCUUGAAACCAGCACCAGUUUCAAUUGAACCAAUUGUUCUUUCCAGUGAUGAUGAAGAUACAGAUAAAAAUGAGUCUCUUCUACAAUCGACAAAGUUAACUCCAGAAAUUAAGCGCUUGAAUCUGGGGCGCAGAUCCCUGUCAACUGAGAGCUGUAACCAAGAGAUUGUGACUGCAUCACCACGACAGCCAGAGAAUAAGGAGCAAUCCACAAAUGAAAAGUAUCCAGAUGAAGUACCUGAGCAGAAUAAGCCCAUUGAUGAUGCAACGCAAACUAUGGAUGACUCCCCUUGUGAAAGUAGUGGAACGAUGGAAUCAACGUUAGAAAUAAAGUUUACUGCUUUACAUAUGGGAGGAAAUGAAGGAAUUAAACCAGGUUCCGCUGUGUUUGCACCUGAACAUAUUUUAAUAUCCUUCUCAGCUUUGAAUUCAUUAUCACUGGAUACUUCUCAAUUAAAGAAAUACAGUGUGUGGAACAGGCUGUCUGACGUUGAAUGUCACUCAGUCAUUUUCCUGUGGUUGGCAGCAGAUUAUGUAGAUAAAAUCUACGAGCAGCUGCAAACAACUCUUGCGAAACAUGAAUCCAAAUCCAAUGAGUUUAUCUUCAUUCAACUUUUUGAACCUUUACAAAUAACCGAAGCAACAAUAUUGAAGAGGGUGAUGACUGAAAUAGGGGCAAGAAGUGGAAUUGCAGACUUGUGUGACAUGGUGCCAUUGGAAGAGGCUUGUCAGUUACUGGCAGAGUUUCCUUCGGAGAAGAGCUCUUUCAUUUCCUCCUGCUGCAAAACCUUACAACAACAGGUUGAUAUGAUGAUUCUAUCGCAAGAACCCCACUUAUUUCAGGAAGAAAAUGUGAAUCCAAUGAAGCCAAAUAAUCACACUUCAUGCCACAUACAAAGGAAAGACCAGUCCAUAGGUUCGACUAUGCCAAAGCAAGAUAAGCAGAGGCAAAUACUGAAGAGUGGACCAGUUACAAAAAUAAUAGUUUUCCCUCCUCCACCAACAAAAGGAGGACUUGCUGUUACGACUGAAGACUUGGAAUGUCUGGUGGAGGGAGAAUUUCUCAAUGAUGUGAUCAUCGAUUUCUAUCUGAAGUAUCUGCUACUGGAGAAAGCCCCCAAAGAGCUCGCUAAGCGUACACACAUCUUUAGCAGUUUCUUUUAUCGACGCCUGACCAGAAAGGAUGCUGCCAUCUCCGAGGAGACAACUAACCUCUCGAUACAGCACAAGAGGCAUCAAAGGGUGAAAACGUGGACUCGCCAUGUGGAUAUCUUUACCAAGGAUUUUAUAUUUGUGCCUGUAAAUGAAGAGUCACAUUGGUAUCUUGCUGUUAUUUGUUUUCCUGCGUUAGAGAAACCAGUUUAUGAAUCUGAAGUAAGCAGCGAAGCAAAAGUGAACAAAUCAUGUUCCACAGUUUCAUCCAAUACUGAAAAGAUUAAUGAUGAACGAGUGUCAUUGGAUGAGCCUGACACUGAGAAUUCAGUAGCUCAAGAUUCAAGUGAGGAUUCCAGCAAAACUUCCGAUUGCUUUGCAUCUCCAGCAGUCCCCCUGUCCAGAAUACAGGAAUGCAUAAAGGCGCCUAUUGAUCUGCAGCAACCGAAAACAAGGAUCCUCAAACAGCCGUGUAUUCUUAUCAUGGAUUCUCUAAGAGCAGCUUCACAAUCUCAUACAGUGAAGAUUUUACGAGAGUAUCUGCAAAUAGAGUGGGAAAUGAAACGAGAAGGGCAGCGCAAUUUCACAUUGGAUAACAUGAAAGGCUCAGUCCCACGAGUCCCCAAGCAGGAUAACAGCAGUGACUGUGGUAUUUAUUUACUGCAGUAUGUGGAGAGCUUCUUUCAGAAUCCCAUCACAAAUUUUGAGUUACCGUUGCAGUUGGAUAAAUGGUUCCAACGCCAGGAGGUGAAGAGAAAACGGGAAGAGAUCAGAGAUCUGAUUCUGCAGUUACACAGUCAACAACGAACUGACAGCUAAUGAAUCUGUACACACAACAGAAAGAGUGCACUAGUUUAUUUCAAAGCUGCUGAUCAACAUCAUGUUUUCACAACUCUUUAAAAUGUGAAGAUUUUAAAUUGGUUUGUAAAUUAUUAAACUAGUAAAAUAAAGAUAUGUAGUAUAUUGAGUUAUUGUUCUGUUAAUAGUGCUGUACAGUUUAAUAAAUUAUAUUAUUUGCACCCA